UCACUAUCGUAUUUGUGCAGAAAAUUUGUGUUCGUAUAAUUGGAGAGUCACUUGACGAGUUGUUCUUGGAGCUGUUUGCUGAAGUUUCUUAGGACUCACUUUCAUUAUCUACACUCUAGAAGGUCGUCUUCUACGCUCCACCAUGAAAGGUCGACAGGAGCGCACCUGAGAUCCCACUCGGGGCCUGAAGUUAGAUAGAUACAUUGAUUCUCCCAUAUUAUGAGUUCACGACCCUUUAAUAGAAUAUUAUGGUGGGACGACCUGUCCCUCUACGGCUACGUAAAUCCGCCCGAGAGAGCAGGUAAAACUGCGGACGGCGGACUUCAUCCUAUCCUAUCCUGUCCGUUCAUCAUAGCUUUACCUAGUGCUCCUUAUAAUCAACAUAGCUUCAACCCUUCAUCAUCUGUUCAAAUUAUAAGACAAACUCGUGUGUUGAUUUUCCAUACUACAAUCGUUACAUCUUCCUAGUAAUCAUCCGUGACUUUAGAUACAGCUACAUCCUUGUUAGUAAUAGAACACCAAGCAGACAACCAAAAUGGGGGACAGCACUUCUUUGACGUCUAGUGGCUUGCUGUCUGCUGGGAGCGGGUCUCGGAAUAAAGAGCCGCUACUACAGGCAGAGAGCAGCUCUUCUCCCUACGAUGCUCAUUACAGCGGAAUGCCCUCUAGUGUGAUGCAACAUUAUGACGUCGAUUUAAUAUUGAUUGCUAUCGAUGCUAGAUGGAAUCCUUCGUCUAAUUUACGCCAGGAGGCUCAUUGACUACUAGCGGUAGCAGAGGCCGAGGCAUAUCUAUAUUCAGUAGUAUAAUUACCAUGCUAGGUCUGUAGUGUUGGUUUUUGCUCUUUCCGGCUUAGUGCGUUACUGUAUGCUCAAUGGAUUCAUUUCCUCUGGGCCUGGUCUCAAAACUGAUUUGGUAGAUCAGGUUGGAGACACAUGAUGACAUGACAGUGUUAAUGAAUUUGAGACUGUGGAAUCCUUUUUCUAAUUCACACGCAUGGAUGCAACACCCGGAGGCUCAUUAACUACUAGCGGUAGCAGAGGCCGAGGCAUAUCUAGCGGAUCAGGGGCUCGAGCUGCGUACUACAACAUACAGCAAGACCCGUCAGGAGCUGUGUCUGGUGGAAUCACAGGAGCUGGAGGAAGCUACAUUCAAGGUGGAGCAGUCUCAUCUUCUACAUCAACAUCUACUUCUGUUUCAGAGAGAGCUUUAUCUGCAGCAGCGUUUGCAAGGGAAGUUGAGAGGACAGAACUACUGGCGCCAGACAGCGAGAUAACGGCAGAGAUGACGGCUUUGCAGAGGGCGAAAGUUAUAUCGAGGUACUUAUCUUCAUCUUCGACCUCCUCGACAACGAUCAAUCUUCUGAUACAAUCUGUAUCACGACCUUGUUGUUCCUUCUAUUGUCGUUUUCGACUGGUGACUUCCCGUUUUCCCACAUAGAAAACGAACUCAGCAGGUCUCUCCUCCUCAACUUAUGCCGAUGUCGAUGGCCCACGACCGACAUGAGUAAGUGGCGAAACGCGAACCACCAGUAUCAAAGGGCGCCACCCAACACAACAUUACAAGAAUUCUUAGACAUGUCAAAUCGGGAAAGCGAUGCCGAAACGACUGUCACGGUCCUGCAAGCGCCCGCAUCAGAUACCAUGAGCGGUGGAGCAGGGAGCAGACUGACGAAACAGUAUAGAAUAGUUUGAUUGAAUUAUAUAGUUUACGUAUAAUAGGUAAAGGUAUACUAUUCUGCUUGGAUGAGAAUUUUGUUUCGAGAUCAUUUGUAGUCCUCUGACUAUUUGGCAGAUAGAGGAAUGUUCCUAAACACCGUUCCACCGAUUGGUCAUUGUUUUUCACCUCCUCUACAACGAACUACUUAUUUCUACCAAGUAACAUCAAGAAGUAACAUCAAGUAACAUCAAGUAAGAACAUCAAACUUCUCACAAGAACUUCCAAGUGGAACACCAACAGCGCUCUCUUCUCCGACGAGCCUGCUAGUGCGGUGCAAACAGAGUUAGAGAACGGAGACGACAGCUAUUUCCACCAAGACGACGAAGAAGUGAUAGCUCAGAAAGCUGUGGAAGACGUUGACGGGGAUGAUAAGCCAUUGAAUAAGACAUGAGGAUCGCAGAUUUGAUGAUCUCAUGCGGCCGAGUGCUCUAUCUGUAUCCCCGGAUCAACAUCACAGUAUACAGGAUUAUCGGAGUACCGACGGCGCACUUGUCCCGCGCACUGCUGGCACACACGCAAGAUCGAUUCAAUCUUUGUAAUCUUGCUGAAUGAAUCUUCGCGACUAUGUCAUCAUUUUGUACAUUAGGAAGCACCACGACACCGCGGCAUCAGUAAGAUGAGUAGUUGACAACGGCGGGAGACGGCAUUUUCCGCACUGAAAGCUGUUCGCGCAAAAUUCACAUAGCCAUGUGAUUUACUACACUGUAGAUGUUGCGCCUUCGAAGAAGAUAUACACAUGAUUCGCAUUGAAAGUCCAUGAAUCCCACAUAACUCUAGGUCGUGGACAUGUUGAACCGUGUGUGUGUAAAUCUAACGACCUCGUCCUUUCUGUACAAUGAAUUAAGUAUACUCCCAUUCCAAAACAGCAGCCAUGACAUCAAACUGAAAAAAGAAAGAUCAAUUACGAUUCUGUGUAGCAUGUCCACGUGUGUGGCGCUGCCUUUCUUCUUGU